AUGGGUAUCUUUGAAGCGAGUGUCAUGAUGGCGUUGGGAUUGUUGGCGCAGGGCACCGGAAAGAGACUUGGGAUUGAUGAAGGUGAGAAGGGAGGUUUUGGUAUUGUCAGUACCGGGAAAUACUGGGAGGAAGUCUUGAGGGAGGGUGUGGGAAACUUCUUGGGGGUUAAAAAGGGAGAGAAUUGUGAUCGAUUUAAGGGAGUCGAGACUACAGGUCUCACAGCCGGCGAGCUUCAUAGUGUUGAUCCCGAGACUGUGAGAACCAAAAUGAAGGAAGCGGUGAAAAGAUUGGUUGGAAGAAGAGACUGUUCUGUUGUCUGUUUGGGGUGUGCGGGAAUGGCUGGAAUGGACGAUAUGGUAAGAGAAGCACUCAUCGAAGAAUUGGGAUUAGAGGAAGCUAAAAAGGUGUAUAUUGUCGACGGUGUCAAAUCCGGGGUGUACAAGGCCUCAAAAUACUUACAUAAUUCCACUCCUUCGGUUAGGCUGUUGAUUACAAUCCGAAUUGUACAUCCAUGA